AUGAGGUGGAUACUGCUCUUCGGGGCCCUUAUUGGGUCUAUCUAUGGCAAGAAAACUUAUAAUGGGCACCAGAUUUUUCAAAUUAAAGUCCGGGAUGUAAAUCAGAUCGACAAAUUGAAAGAGCUGAGCAACAUGCAGAAUUUACAACUCACAUUUUGGAACUUGCCAGUCACCCGUGAGCAUCCUGUAAAUGUUGUGGUUCCACCAGCCAGUCUGAAAGUUGUCAAAUCCUUUCUGGAAUCCCAUGGCUUAGCGUACUCAGUCUCCAUUAAAGAUCUGCAGGCUCUCUUGGAUAAGAAAAUUAAAGAAAUGAAAUUCAAUAGAGGAAAAAAAAAGCAUUAUCCUAACUUCAACUAUGGGGAUUAUCACAGUUUGAAAGAGCUUUAUCGUGAGAUGGCCAACAUUGCUUCUGAAUACCCCCAAAUAGUGAAACGGCUAAAGAUUGGUGAAUCUUUUGAAAAACGACCAUUGUAUGUACUGAAGUUCAGCACUGGGAAAAAGAAGAGACCCGCUAUUUGGCUAAAUCAUGGAAUUCACUCCCGGGAAUGGGUCACCCAGGCUACAGGAAUAUGGAUAGCCAGAAAGAUUCCCUCUGACUUUUAUGGAAAUAAGCCAACCAUCACCUCCAUCUUGAAUGAAAUGGAUAUCUUCCUAAUGCCAGUGGCUAAUCCUGAUGGAUAUGUUUAUUCUCAAACCAAAGAUCGCUCCUGGAGGAAGAACAGAUCCCGUAAGCUUUUUAAGAAAUGUGUAGGAGUUGACCUAAAUAGGAACUGGAAUGUAGCCUUCGCAAAAGAGGGAGCCAGUGACGAUCCCUGUUCUGAAGAGUACCAUGGGCCCAAGCCUCAUUCAGAAGUAGAAGUGAAAUCCGUGGCAAAGUUCAUUAGAAAGCAUAGGAAUUUCAAAAGCUUCAUUGAUUUCCACAGCUUCUCACAGCUUCUGAUGUAUCCUUACGGUUACACAAGCAACAAGUGCCCUGACUGUGAUGAACUGGACAAGCUUGGAAAAGAAGCAGUAAAAGCCCUAUACUCCCUGUUUGGCACCCAGUAUCAAGUGGGAUCUAUCUUCAAACAUGUGUAUCUUGUCAGUGGCAGCACUAUAGACUGGGCUUAUAAAAAUGGGAUUAAAUACGCAUUCACUUUUGAGCUGCGAGACAAUGGCACAUAUCGCUUCGACCUGCCAGCUAAUCAAAUCAUCCCCACUGCCCAGGAGACCUGGCUGGCCCUAGAAGUGAUCAUGGUGUAUGUUAAGGACCACCUCUACUAGAGAACCGCCUCUGAUGUUGAAGGACAGAAGGAUACGCUGAGGAAAGCACUGCUUGUACUUGUGGGCUCAUUGUCUGUUGUCCAUUCAGCCAUGAGUUCUAUCAGAUGAUGGCAUCAAGGCAUAAUAUUAUUAUGUUCUAUAUUGUGACGUGACCCCUGGUUAUCCCAGAACGUUAGGGUUCACACGUCCUCCCUCCCAAAUGAAAACCCGACACAGAUAUUUCCUCUAUUAUUACAUUCAGUCUCUUUUUGGAGCCUUUUUAUAUUUUCAGUCUUUAUCUUUUUAUGGCCCAUUUUCUAAAGUCGCCCCUGGGGUUUGUUGUUUUGCUCAGGGGAGUGAUUUCCUGUGUGGAAUUUCUCUCCACUGAUGCAGAAAUAAAGUAUACAGGUUCUAGACAUCUGAAUUAUUUCCGAUAGCCUCAUCCUUCUACUUUGUCUCAUUGUAUCCUCACAGCAUCCUUGCCUUCACAUUGUUUUGAUUCUGGCCUCAGUCAUUUUACCAUCUCUGAGUAACCCCCUCUCUUUUAUCUUUCCUUCUAUCUGGGCAUACAUGUUCUAUGUCCCCUCCUCCUAAAUUCUCCCUCUUUCUUGCUUUUUGUCUCCCCUUUCUCUUUCUUCCCCUCCUUUUGCGCUCUCUUUCUCCUCUCUUCACUCCUUGUAUUUUUCUCCUUCCUUUCUUCUUUCUUCACUUUUUCUUUCCCUCCUUUCCUUUCUCUCCCCUUUUCCUUUAUCUCUCCUUUUCUCUUCCUUUUUUCCCUCUUCUUUCUUUUUCUCUCCUUUCAUCUUUCUUCAUCCUUUUUGGUCUUCUUCCUUUGCCCCCUUUCUCUCUGUCUUUCUCUGUUUCUUUCACUCUCUCUUGCUUGCUCUCUACCUUCUAUACCAUGUCCUAUGGCCAGCCUCCUUGCAUUUCUCCCCAGCACAGGCUGCUCACCACCUUCUGUCCCUCUGCCAUGGAUGCUGAGCUGUCACUGCUUGGUUUAUGAUGUAUAAAAAUCAUACAUAGACUUUACUCAAUAAAUAUUCAUGAUUGAGACUCCCCUUGGUUCUCUGUUCCUUGAAUUACUUUCACGAAUUGAGAUCAUGAUUUAGGAUGUACCUCGUGUAUCUGAACUUUAUUUUGGGGAAUGAUUAAAAGGUUCACGUGAGGGGCAGCUAGGUGGCGCAGUAGAUAGUCAGGAGGACCUGAGUUCAAACCUGGCAUUAGACACUUAACAUGACCUAGUGUGACCCUGGGCAGGUCACUUAACCCCAGUUGCCUCAGGGGAAAAAAAGUUCACUUUGUGUCAAAUAUAAGAAAGAAAUAGAUAAUCCUUGACAACUAGUAUCAUGAUGCCAAGUAAUUAUUGCUGGUGAUGGUAAACACCUCACAUUUAUAGAGUUAAAUUUUUUCAGAAUAUUUGCACAUAUAUAAUAUAAAAUUACCCGCGGAAAAGAUUGACCCAGUAACUGUUCUUAAAUUAUUAUUUUUUCCAACUUAUAUCUGUGUUUCAUUUCCCUCCCAGAGGGAAAAUGUCCAGGUCUGUAACUAUCCUGCAAUCUGUAACCUCAGAGUUGCCUGGGUGACUGAGAGAUGAAGCAAUUCACCCAGCACCACAAUGUCACAAGCAGCUGUUCCU